AGCGAGCUGGUCUCUAAGGCUCUGCAAGACGGGCGUAUCUCAGACGAAGAGUUUCGGCUAAUACUUCAGGAACAAGAGAGAUACAACGCGCUCAAGGCCGCUAUCAGAGCUCGACACGGCCACGCGCCGCAUGAUAAAAAAGCGGGAAAGGGCCCUCCCUGGUGGCACGCGAAAGGAUGAAAAAGAGACUGCGAAAAAUCCGCGAGGAGUUCGGAAGCGAGGUGUUCGAGUAGAACUCAGGUUUAAACGCCACGCAGGCGGCUUUGAACUCACGGCCGAAAAACGGUUAUUCCACGCUCCGUAGGUUGGCGGCCCUCCUCGUUUUCGCGGCCCCACCGCUAUUUGCCCCAAAAAGUCGUGUACGCGCAAGUCCUUGGGCUUGCACGCGCCUGGCCUACGCCCUAAUUAUUCAUGAACGCGAAACACCUGCAGUCCUAAUUAUUAUUCGUGCACGCGAAACACCUGCGGCCCUAAUUGAUUAUUCGUGUACGCGAAAUCUAUUUUGCCUACAUUAACUUUUGCCGAUUGUUUAUGUACGUGAAAUCGAUUUGGCUUUUGCCGAUUGUUCAUGUACGUGAAACCGUUUUGGCCUACAUUAGCAAUCGCCCCGUACGCGAAACCGUUUUGGCCUACAUUAGCAAUCGCCCCGUACGCGAAAUCAAUUCGGCCUACAUUAUCGAUCGCCGAUUGUUCAUGUACGUGAAACAUUAUACGCUUGAUAUUUAGAGACGGGGCUGGGGGGCUCGGAGGGGCGAUUCGCGCCUCCCAGGCCGUUUCACUGAAACUACCCAGUCCCCCCCCCUUGCUUGGCAAUCCAUAACAGCAAGGAUUUUCCGGACAUUUAUUUUUCUUUUAUAUAUUUUAUUGAGGAGAAGGGUAAUUUAUUAGGUCUAUUAUCAUCUUGUUGUUGGCGCAGAAUUCAAAACAGGGUGUCAUAUUUGAAGCGAAGUGUUUGUCAAUCGUUAAAAAUCAAUAUCGAUACAAAUCGAAAAAAGUAAUCGUUUUUUAUCGAUUGAUUCCUGGAAUCGUCAAAAAUCGUCAGGGAAAAUAAUAGUGCAGAAAUCGAUGAUAUCAUUUUUUUUUCUAUUUAUCGAAUUUAAAUGGAAACUGAGAAAAACGUUUUUAUCCACAAGAGAAGGGCCAAAAAGGCAAACUAAGAAAUGACGAGGGAGACAUGAGAACAAAGAACAACCUUUAGCCAGUAACGAGGCGUUUACUGUUUACAUCGCGAAAAACCAGCCUCGCGCGAUUCGUAGCCGCCAUGUUGGAUUUUGAACAAAUAUGAAAAACAGGGGAGGGGGCGGGAUAAAAUAUACCGGGUUACGCCUGCAUUUAUAACCUUUAACAUUGAUUGUUUUGGUUUAAAUCUGGUGUUCGUACCGAAGAAGAUGAUACCGGGAUGAUGAAAUGUAUAGCUUUCAAAUUCGCUUUAUUUUGAGACAAUGCAUUGAGUGUAUUAGAAGUGCCAAGAUAUCUGGCGGGAGAAUACAGUAAAUGUAUGGAUAUUUUCAAGAAAAUUAGGCUUGAGAAAAUCUUGAGACUCCCGCCUAAGUUUUGACAGAGUUGACAGCUAUGUGAAAUGUGUGGUAAUAGACGUUAGUGCGUUGGUUAAGUGUGCAAGUGUUGUGUGGUUAUGUCAUAUGGUGUAUUGCAUUGGGGGUGUUAGGGUAAGAGUUGUUGUUUUAAUUGGAGGUAGAGAACGGGCUUUGAGUGAAGUGUUAGGUGAGGAACUGUGUAUUUAACCUUCGGAGGAUGCUAAUAAUUACCUGUUGAUAACUUGAGAUAACAUAUACAAUCUUGUGGAGUGUAAUGUGUUUGUGGAAAAUCAUGUAUAUUAAAAAACACACAAAAGCUAUUCAUAUUACUUCUACCAAUGAGUCCAGUCAUGUCCAAGUACAAGAAUUCUAUUUUCUAGGUUAAAGAUAUUCACUUGCUAGAAAUGGCAUAUGUGAUCCAAUCCACUGGUGUAUCUCACAGCACAAGUCUAAAAAGGCCUAGUCUCUUUUGAUUAAAACCUAGGGGUGGUGGAUUAAACCUACUGACUCCUGGCUAUUUUUGAACUUGAAGUACAAAAAACAGACAUAAAACAGAUACCUCCCCCCCCCCCUAUUUUGAGUUUUAUACAGCCCGUCAACGUCAAACACCGCUUUUCCUUGUCAGCGGUAUCCUAGCUUUCCAACAGUGCUUUGCGGUUCCAUCUCCAAUCCCUUGUCGCUGUGCUGAUGCAAGUACAAGUUGAUGGUUGCUUGUAUUUUUCAUAAAAAUACAGCUAUGAGCAUAUUGGGAAAGUGUCCUAGGACAUCAUAAAGUCUAUUGGGGCAUAAUUGAAUGCUGUGCUUAUGGGUAUUUGCAAGAAAAUGUGUAUUCAUGGGGAUUUUGUUGUUUGGCUUUGCCUGGAUGAGAAAAUAGUUUUCUAAUGAAUCACAGCAAAUUUUUCUAAUUGAUUCCAAAAUUGUUUACUCUGCCAUUCUGGGUCUGUAUGACCUGGAAUUGAUUUGUUUGGCUUUGGGGUGAAAAUACUUAUAAAAAAACCUCAUGAAUUAUAACAUGGAUAUCCCAUAAUGCUUUGCAAUAUGUAAUGGUAUCCAAGUGGUUUCACAAGCCUUCAAGGAGUGGACAUUGUGUUGUGAGGCCAUGGAAAUCGACCUGGAGGAUCAGAAUAAAGGUAACUUUCUGUGUCUUGAGCUGUGUUUGAUGAUCUCUCUCCCUUGUGUGGUAUUUUGAGCGUUUUGUUGAGAGGGGUGCUUUUCCCUGUGCUAUUACUUGGCUUAAGAGUAGUUGCUAUCACCUUGGCUGGAUGCAUAUCUGCAAGACCAUUUAUCCCUUAGACUGAUGCCUGAGUAUCUUCAUCCUGUUGUGUUUAUUUUGCAUUUAUGAAUUUUUGGGCGUGGGUAUUUCUCAAGGCCGGUACAGGCCGGUUGAGGGGUCAAUGAGUUAACAAGAUCGAUAAUGAGAAUAAUAUUUGAAAGCGUACAGAUACAGGAUAGAAAAAAAAUAAAAAUGGCGAAUAGAAGAUUCAUAGUGGUUAUAAUGAGUAUAGGACUGUUGGCUCCUUUGAGUACGGAGUGUUAUAUUGUGUCUUGUAGAGAGCGUGUGUUAGGAUGCGCGCUAAAAGAUCGUAACUGAUAAGCGAUGAGCUAUGCGGCGCGAGUACCAUAGUGGGUUGCAUAUAAAGCGAAAAUGAUACGCGGAGAGACAGGCAGCAGGAACGGUAGGAAGACGAAGCAACGAGUGAGAUGAAUAGCGGGUAUCUGGCGGGCUGGUGAUUGUAGAUACACAAACAUAUAAAACAUAACAAUAAUAAGAAAGAUUUCAUAAGAGCUCUUUGCUAUACCUAUACCUAGAGCUCUGUGCUAUACCACAAUAUAUCUAGCCGUGUCUUAGCGUCAUGAAGCAUAAGAUCGACUAGUCAGCCGCGGUUAGGGAGAUGAAAACUGAUGGGGGCCGAGGUUAGGGUUAAAAGAGAUGUAAUAAAUAGAUAAAAAUCGAACAAUACGUUAUCAAUCGAUAAAAAAAUCGUCUAUUUUAACGAUUUUUAAAAUCCAAUCGAUAAAAAGCAAUUAGCUUUUAUCGAUUUUUUUUUCGGUUUAUCGAUUGUCAAAUCUGUAUCUUUUUUAAAAGAUAGACUAGACCGGGGUGAACUACGUCUUCACAUGAUUUACAUUUAGCUGUUUAGUGACUGCUUCAUGAUUGCUCCGUAAAGAUUUCUUUAGAUAAUUUAUUAAGCCAAUCUAACAGAGCUCAGGCUGUCGGCGUUAAGAUCAUCAUCAGUUCCAAGCUACUGUCACCUAACGCUUUGAUAUCUUUCCAUUACAAAACGCAGUAAAAACACGAACACACAGACAGUGUGAUGGACUAGAUAACAUAAUGGCUUAUUUGCUGAAGAAAUAAUUGAGAGAUGAGAUAUCUAUUUUCACACAGUGUAGCGAGCAGUAACGAAGACAAGUAAAUGUAUAUUUUUCUCUUUAAAAGAUGAAUACUUGGACCUCCUUGUCAUCAAGACCGUGACCGCCUCUCGUCCUUUCGACUGCAACCUUUACUGCCUGGCCGAACCUGACUGUCAAUCAACCAACUACCACCCACCAACGCGCAUGUGCGAGCUGUGUAACCACACCUUCGCCUCCAGGCCUGGCUGCAAAGUCCACAAACCAGGCUACAUCCACUUCGACCCUGACAAGGCAUAAUAAUCAUCCCAAUCAAUUGUGUUUAAGAGGGACAACCUGCAGUCAGCUAACAGAACAUUUACCUCAUGUUUCUCGGACGUAAAUGUCGCAGUUUUGGCUAGUUGCUCCUUUCAGCACAAAUUCAAACAAACAACGCGAAAAGGAUUUGGUUCACAGAGCCUUUGAUUCAAUUCUGAAGGGGUCACUCCCUCCCGACCCCUGCAGUAAUGUGACGUGCAAGAAUGGUGGUACGUGCAACUUGGCAUGCGCAGAAAAUAUUGAAUGGUUGUGUGCUUGUCAACCAAAUACUACCGGCAUGCUCUGCGAGCACUUCACAGGGAACGCUUCUCCUUCCUCAUGCAAGGAAGUUUAUGACAGAGGAUUAAAAAAAGACGCCGCGUACAUCCUGAGCAUGGAGAACAAAAGCGUAGAGAUCUACUGCCAUAUGACAGUGAUUGACGGCUGUGGCGAUGGGGGAUGGACGCUGGCCAUGAAAGUCGACGGUGCAAAGGCCACGUUCCUGUACGAGUCUUCACUCUGGACCAACAAGCUCGCCUACAACCCCUCGGCCGGUCUGACGGGCUUCGAUAACCAAGAGACCAAGCUCCCCAGCUACUGGGCCACGCCCUUCACCAAGAUCUGCAUCGGGCUCAAGGUCGGGGACAACCUGAAGUCCAUGACGAUCCCCUACACGGCUACGUCACUUUAUGACGUCAUCGCUGACGGAAUCUACAGAGGGACCACCCCGAUCGGGAAGACCGCUUGGAAGGCACUGAUCGCGGGCUCGUCUAUGCAGGCAGACUGUAAUCAAGAAGGGUUUAACGUGGGCGGUAGAGUGCGUGUAGGGUUGGUUAGUAACGAACAAAACGACUGUGGUUCUGUUGAUAGCAUGUUGGGUAUUGGGGGAAACUCUUGGCUUUGCGCGGCUGGGAAUACCUGUAGAUAUUGUUGCUGUGACAACGGUUACCCUAAUAUCAAAGCUAUAGGCUAUUUAUUACUUAAGUAAUUCACACCUACACAAUGAUAUAUUGAAACAGGUAUUUCUUACAUUUGUGACGGAUUUAAUUUGUUGCCCUUUUCUUAUUCCUAAGUGAUAUUAAUUAGGAUAUUUCUUACCUUUUAAAGAGGCUCGUUAGUAAUUCUUUAUAACAUUUUUUUCAAUUUUCUCGUUACAAAAUUGACGUCUAGUAGUCUCAAAUCUCACCCGAUUUAUUCCUGUUUUCGGAGGAUGAUAUUUAAUGUUUAUUUUGUAUGUAUAUUUAAUUUUGAUGUGCCACUGUUUUAUUUUUUUAUCGUUAACCGAUUUUAAGUUAUUUAACAAAUAAACAGACCAGUAUUUUAUGAAAUUUCCAAUAUAUUUAAAAAAAUAACCGAUGUUUUUUUUUAAAUUUGCGGAGAGACAUAACUAAGGAGAUCAUGGUGACAAGUCUAAACUGACCAUGUAAUUUUUUUUGGUCCGCAUACUCCAUUUUCUACCUUUGCUUUGGGCAACAUUGCGUUAUUCUCCAAUUUGUUUUAGAGAAAGCAGACACCUUCGUUGUCUUCAGCCCAUUAGGACUUAGUAGUUGUAUUCAUUUUGUACGUAAAGGACAGGGGUAAGCUGGGGUAUAGAUUAUUUCGAUAAGACAUGACCAAAGAGCGGAUUCGUGCAAAUAUUAUUUAGAUUUCAAAUCCUCUUAAAAAUUCAAUGUCUUCGCUUAAAAGCAAUUCCAUGCUUCCUCGUUUUAGUGGAGCUUAGGGGACCCUACAACACAGUUACUCACCAAAGUUAUGUCUCUAUUCCGAAAUACAACAUCGAGAAUAAGGUUUUUUUAACCCGUUAUCCAUCCCGAGCCAAAAAAACCUUGCAUGCUCAAUGAAAAACCUUCUAAUUAUUCAUGUUGUGGACUUUGGGGACAUAAAUGGACCGCGGUCUCUCUCCCCCUCCGCCCACGCAAAAAUGUCACUUAAGACAUUUUUUUAUUUACUCCGACUUAUUUUUUUGGCAUUUGCGUUUCAAGAGCAAACUACUACAUGUUUCUGUGAGCCGAUCGGCGAUCAUACGUCAGGGGCGUAGCCAGGGGGGUGGCCCAGGGGGCCCGGGUCCCCCCUUCUAGCAGCCAAAAAUACAGUAAAUGUAUGAGACAUUAUCUAAAAUACAGGAGAAAAUGCCUUGAAAAUCCCUUUUGGGCCCCUCCUGUUAAAAGUCCUGGCUACGCCGCUGUACGUGAUGCCAUUACAUACACAAUUCCACACAACCUCAGGAUGGAAAGCCUGUGGUAAUUCUUAUCUUGAGCCGCGUGUCUCGGGUUGCAAAUUUAAACACAAGUAAAUACAGCGAAAUCAAUCAAAGCUGAGAUGAUUUUCCAAAACAACUUGGUAGAAAUUGAGGCUAUGGUAAAAUAUGUAUAUAAUAUGGUAAAAUAUGUGUAUAACCAUUGAAUCGCGAAUCGAGCCUUCAACUGCACAAAUAACAUGGAUCCGAGCUGGAAUCUCAAAUUCAAGAUGGCGGCCAUGACACAGUUUUAAAUUAUGCAGAAGGAUUCUGGUAACUAGGUAUUGCGCUGACGUAGGACAGUAGGCGAGAUACUUCGUGUAAGAGAAAGGCUUGUGCAAGGUCGCAAUGAGUAUACUAAAAAAAUAUACAAACAGUGACGCAUGGGCUUCCUGGGCAUUGCGCAACAUUGCAGAUUUCUCGGGACGACGAAAAAAAACCCAGUUGCAUUUUAUGUUUGGGCUACCACUAGUUUCCCAGUAAAAAACCGAAGAGUUCUUACUUCUAAUAACGAGAUUGAUCUGAUAAAAUAAGAAGUGUCGUGCAUCAUCUCGAUUUGAUUAGAUAAGCGUUUAUGCACCGUCCUUUAAUAGAUUUAAUUGAAGUUGUUCAAAAGUCAAAAGUCUUGCAGUUGUAGAUAAAAGCUCUUUUCUUCCGUUUUCUUGUUCGCGAACCGUUUUGUUUAUGCGCGAUGGAGCUAGGAAUGAUGCCUUUUUAAUAACGAUAAAAAGACGGUUGUAUUUUUAGCUACAAAUAAUCUAUCUAUGCAAUGAAACUACGGCAAGUAUUAGAAUUCUUUUUCAGAUUUGAUUUUCCCCGCGCUGGAAGGUUUGUUUACACAUCUUUCGAAUUUGUCUAGAAUAAAAUUUCUCCUCUACGAUGAUAAUUUUGAAAACAGACUUAUUACUGUAUACUUUUAGUGUGUUUUUCUUGAGAGGUCAUUAGUCCUUUUUGCUGCGGGAAAUUAAUUUUUUGUGCUUCUGUAAAAUCUUGAAAAUAGCGCCUUUGUGACCUCUCGCUUACAAAAACGCAUGACUUAGACAUUUGCUACCCGGUAUAAUAUUGAAAUAAAAACAUUUUGCACACCUCUUCUCAGGUAAUGUGCGGAAAUGGUAUGGUUUCGGUGUUUUCAAGCUCAGCCGUUUUUCCGUGAAAGGUGUAGCACAGUCUAUUCCUUAGCGUAUUAUAUAUUUAACAAUUAGAUUACGAGUUCGAGUUCUAUGAGUCAAUAGAUAGUCAACGAGGCGCGUAGCUUUAUUUGACUCAUAGGAAGAGAACGAGUAGUCUAAUUGUUUUGGUAUAAAUCCACUCAAAUACUACCUUCGAAAAACUGACGAUUUUAAUAAUAAUUCAUGUUGUUUUUGUGAAAAACGCCGGGUUUUUCGCUACUCGCUAUCUAUCGCUCAAUAGAUAGUGAGUACGGGAGCCAAUCAAGUAUAGAUAGAUAAUUUUCACACCACUUGUGUUUUAUGACUAACUUAAAUCAAGUUAAUUAAUAUUACAUGGUCAUUUUCAAGUAUAACAAUCGCUUGCAUGUCUCACUAACAAAUGCGGACAUCCUUCAUAACAUUAUGUAUCUCAACAAUAAAAUAAUAAAGCUAAGGUUUUAA